ACCGAAUUGAAUAGGCAAAAACAUAAAAUCAAGAUAUUUAAAAGGUACUGAGAAUUUUUUAUUUGUAACCAAAACUCUUAGCAAAGAAGCAAACACUAUGGAGGCCAAGAUCGGCAAGUUCUUCGAUUCCGUUGGCUCCUUCUUCAGCGGCGGCGAUCAGAUCCCUUGGUGCGACCGCGACAUCAUCGUCGGCUGUGAGAGAGAAGUUGCAGAGGCUGGUGACUCAGAUGAACGUAAGAGUGAUAGCAUUAUGAGGUUGUCAUGGGCUCUUGUUCAUUCAAGGCAGCCAGAAGAUGUGCAGCGUGGGAUAGCCAUGCUUGAAGCUUCCUUGGUGAACAAUACAAGCAGCCCUUUGCAGCAGAGGGAGAAGCUCUAUCUGCUGGCUAUUGGCUAUUACAGAAGUGGUGCAUAUUCCAGGAGUCGGCAGCUUGUGGAGCAAUGUUUAGAGAUUGCACCUGAUUGGAGGCAGGCUCUUACCCUUAAGAAGGCUAUUGAAGAUAAAAUUGCUAAAGAUGGUGUUAUUGGAAUUGGCAUCACUGCCACUGCCGUUGGACUUAUAGCUGGUGGUAUUGCUGCAGCAUUGGCUCGCAAGAAGUGAAAUUUUAUUUUUAACAAUGUGCAUAAUGACCUGCUUCCAAAUUUGGCUUAUUUUAAUGGUUUUGAGUUCCCCAACCCCAUCCCCCCCCCCCCCCCCCCCCCCCCCCCAAAAAAAAAGAAUGUAUUAAUUGACUAUACUUAGAAUAUAAAUAAUUAUCAAAGUUUGACACCGUUUAUGUUAUGGAAGUAGGCUUUUUGAAUAUGAACUUGUAAAUUUGUGGAAGUAGGCUUUUUGAAUAUGAACUUGUAAAUUUGUGUGUGUGUGUGUAAGGCAUUCAUUUUCAAGUAUAUUGUGUUUUCUA